AUGGCGACAGGCGCGGGCAGACUGCUCGCCCCACACGGCGGCCAGUGGGCGCGGCCAGAGAGGUGGGAGGGGGGGUGGCUGGCCUCGGCGCCAGGUGUAUAUAACACGGCCGAAAAGCUCUGCAGGCACCACUCCCCUCUCCCUGCACUCAGCGCCCAGCAGACUACCUACUGCACCAUGCACAAGCUCGUCGCCUUCUUCGCCGUGCUGGCCGUGGCCGCCGCCGCCCCCGGCUACCUGGGCGCCCCUGCAGUGGCCACCUACGCCGGCCCGGCAGUGGCCACCUACGCCGCCCCCGCCGUGGCCACCUACGCCGCCCCCGCCGUGGCUCCCCUGGCCUACUCUGCGUACGCCGCCCCCGCCGUGGUGGCCGCACACGCCCCCCUGGCCUACUCUGCCUACGCCGCCCCCGCCGUGGUCAAGACCCACAUCUACUGA